GCUCUAAAUUUACAACAGCAUGGAGACAUAAUGGAGCUGGUUGAUCCAAAAUUAGGGUCUGAGUUCAACAAGAAAGAAGUAGUUAGAAUGAUUAAAGUAGCACUGCUAUGCACAAACCAAUCUCCAGCACUUAGGCCUAAAAUGUCUGCAGUAGUAAAAAUGCUCGAAGGAAAAGGUGAGGUUCAAGAAUUAGUCAUGGAUCCAAGUACAUUCGGUGAUCCGUCGAGGUUCAAGGCUUUCAAACACAAGUCUGAUAAAUCUUCAGUCAUGAGUAUCAGUGAAACUCAGUCCCUCAUCCAAUCAUCAGGUGGACCAUGGAUUGAUUCUUCAUCUACAUCAGCCCAGGAUCUGUAUCAAGAGUAA